CGUUUCGCGGCUUAUAAUUUUGAAUUAUGGUUUUCAUCCAAUGAGCGUCGAGAUUUUGCGCAAGCUCAAGUUGUCACAUGAUAGUUUCGAUUUUUCGUCGUGAUCCAAAAUGUUGCUAAUAAUUUCCGCGAUUUUCGCGGUUCUGGGCUCAGCCCUAGGCAAUGGGGAGUUCAUCGUCUUCAGUUCACCAGAGUCAGUUAAAUUUGUGGACACGAGCAAACCGCUCCCGGCUGAUCUAGUCCCCGAUGUUGUUGCAGCAAAUCUGGGCUUUUCGACAAACUCGGACUCAUCUUGGCCCGGUUUGCUGAGGGUGUCUCCGUUCAACUCCGCCAGAUUGGCUGUCAUCUUUUCUCUGGACGGUCCUUGGGCUCGUCUGCCAGGGGAAGUGGCCAAGAAUGCCAUGUCCAAGCACAAGUACCAAUUGUCCCCAGUCUCUGGAGAGGGGCCCUCUUCGUGGUGGAUGCAGCUGCAGCACAUUACUGGCCAAAGGAUGAUGAUCAAGGCUUCGGCAAAGCAAGUCACCCUUGCCGAUGAACCAACUGAUGAUGUAACAGACGGAAUUGACAUUGGAGCCCUGAAUCCAAAAGUGGACGAAGACAAGGCCUGGCUAGUUGAGAUGCAGGCUUUGAAGACCGUCAUGAGAAAUGCUAGUCAAUAUUGUGAUGUGAGCAAUGGACCAGGAAUCCUGUGGCUCGACUCAACUGCCCUGCAUGCAUUGUCAGAUCUCCACGGACCUUCGUCGUCCCCUGUUCUUUCUGCAACCAAAAUCCUCAGCUCGGCCCUAGCUGGACUUAAUGAAAUUUUUGAGAAACACUGCGAGGGCAAAGUUUUCAUUGCCACGGUCACCACUGACUCGAGCCACACACGCAGAACCAGGUCUUUGUUGGCCGAGUCUGGCUCUGUCAAAGCCGAGGAAGAUAACGAGUACAAUCUGUCGAAGGAAUAUGACCAAUACUACCCAGUCAUGUUCAACAUUUUCCUCUUCUUCGGCAUUGGCUUCUUCAUGUCUCUGGUUGCUAUUUCUUAUGCCAUUGCAAACAUGGAUCCAGGCAGAGAUUCAAUUAUCUACAGAAUGACCAGCACAAGGAUGAAGAAGGACAAUUAAAUUUCCUGGUCUGAAGUCUAUUAUGUUGUUUACUUCAUUCGUUCGAACAACUUAUCAUUUGUGAUACCAUGCGCAGAAAAUGUUAUCAACCUUUCAGAUAAAAUUUUGAUGUCCAUAAUGUUCCGUAACCCUGUACAUUACCUAUGAAUAGUUCAGUAUUAUGUAUUAUGGGCCUUGUAAAAUGCAAAUACGAAUAUUAUAUAAAAAUAAUAUAGAAUUUAUAAAAUGACUUAAAUCUGAACAUUCCUUCAAUUCAUGGUUAGUUGAUAUGCUGAUUUCUUUUGUUUAUGUAAAAUAAUUAUGUUGUUGCACUGUAGGAAAAUGAAAGGGAUUAUUAUUAUAAAUGUAUACAUGUUGAUGUUAAAUAAUGUAAAGUUAUCGAGAGCCUCGUUCAAAAUAAAAGUAAAACAAAUUAGAAUUAA